UCUUCCUGAUACAGAAGUGAGUGAACGGAGGAAGUCACAGAGACACGCAAAGACAGACGCUCUCCGCAAGUCUCCCCAGGAAUCUCGGAGACCAAUGGCGCCCAACCACACCGCUGACGUCACGUUCGAAUCCCUGCAUCCGGUCUACACGAACGACUCCACGAACGCCUCCACCUUCCUCGUCCACGGAGUAAGUGGAGUAGGAGUAGGAUUUGGAGGAGGAGGAGGAUUAGGAAGCGGAGGCAGCGGAUUAGGAGGAGGAUUAGGCGACGGCGGAGGCAUGCCGGAAGACAACCACACGUACGAGAGACGCGCUCGUUUCAACUUGACGCACCUCGACUUCGACUUCGACCUCUCGCCGGUGUUCCCGAGUCUCGAGGCCGUGUCCGAAGACGUGCAGGUGUUCCUUAUCGUCGCUUACUCUCUGGCGGCGGUGCUCAGUCUGGUCGGGAACAUCACCGUGAUCCUCGUGCUGGCCUUUGGGAGGAGGUCCUCCGUCAGAUGCUACCUCAUCAACCUGGCUGUGUCGGAUAUCACCAUGGCAACAUUCUGCAUCCCCUUCUCGUAUACCAGGUACCCGUCCGUCGAUUAUUUGUUUACGCAGGUGGACUUUGCAUGAAGGGAAGGAGAGUGGUAGAUGGUCAAAUGUGUGGAAGAAUAGAGAGAGAAAGAAUGAGAAGAAGAAGAAGAAGAAGAAGAUAAGAGUGCGUGAGAGUGUCUGUGUUUUUACAGUCUUCACCUCUGGCCAGGUCUUGUGUAACUCGAUCGCUUUUAUAAAAUAUAGCAUCUAGUAAUGCGAUCUACAAGUAGCUGUUUUCCAGGCUAUAUUGUAUUUAUUUUUUACAGGAAAAUAUCUGCUACAUAAGAUAUAUAAAAGUUAUAACCACGUAUAAAUCAUACAUUUACCUGAUACUAAACGAAAAAAACGGGCACUUUUUUACUCGAUGGAUGGCACUCCAUAUGGGAAAUUUCUUCACAACUGCACUCCCAGGAUUCCCUCGGCCUGGUUGGCGGUCGUUAGCAAGCGCACGAGACAACUGUGAGGCCGUCACUGCACUUCGAA